GUCCUGCUGAGAAUGACUGAGGGUCAUAAAACCAUCCUGAAAAACAAAUAUGAGUUCUUAUAUGAAGGUUUCGCACUAAAAGAAAACCAAACCCUCCUCAACAACAUUUACACAGAGUUAUAUAUCAUAGAGGGAGAGAGUGAAGGAGUGAAUGAGAAACAUGAAGUUUUACAGAUUGAAACAGCAUCCAGGACACGGGAUUCUCAAGACAGACCAAUCAGCUGCACUGACAUCUUCAAACCCUUGUCAACCAACCGAACUAAAGAGGAGAAAAAAGCCUUGUCUAGUCAGGAACCUAGAGGGAACAGACAAAAGCCAGAAAUCAGAACUGUACUCACCAAGGGCAUUGCUGGAAUUGGAAAAACAGUUUCUGUGCAGAAGUUCAUUCUGGACUGGGCAGAAGGAAGGACCAAUCAGGACAUUGAUUUCAUGUUGGUUCUUCCUUUUCGAGAGCUGAACUUGGUUAAAGAUGAUCAGAUCAGUCUUUGUGGACUCCUGCUAGAGUUUCACCCAGAGCUGAAAGACUUGGAUCCAAAGAAAUAUAAUGAUUGUAAAAUGCUGUUCAUCUUUGAUGGUUUAGAUGAGAGUCGACUUCAGUUGGAUUUUUCUGAGAUGCUGUGUGAUGUGACCACAACAUCAUCAGUGAACAAACUGAUAUCAAACCUCAUCAAAGGAAAUCUUCUUCCCUCUGCACUCAUCUGGAUAACCUCCAGACCAGCAGCAGCCAAUCAGAUUCCCCCUCAGUUCAUUGGUCGUGUGACAGAAAUAGUAGGAUUCAGUGAUUCACAGAAAGAGGAAUACUUCAGAAAAAGAGUCAGUGAUGAGAAUCAAGCCAACAGAAUCAUCUCACACAUCAAGACAACAGCGAGUCUCCACAUCAUGUGUCACAUCCCAGUGUUCUGUUGGAUUUCAGCCACUGUGCUUCAGGAAAUGCUGCAUCAAGACAAUGUAAAAGAGAUCCCUAAAACUCUGACUGAGAUGUACACACAUUUCCUGCUAAUUCAGACUAAAAUGAAGAAGCAGAAAUAUGACGAGAAAGUUGAGAGAGACUCAAAGAAUCUCCUGGAAUCAAGCAAGGAGAUCUUUCUGAAACUUGCUAAGCUGGCUUUUAAUCAGUUGCUGAGGGGCAAUAUCUUGUUUCACGAUGAGGAUCUGAGAGAAUGUGGCAUUGAUGUGAGUGAGGCCACAGUGUACUCUGGGAUUUGUACUGAAAUCUUUAAGGAACAAGCUGUGCUUCGACAGAAGAAGGUCUACUGCUUUGUGCAUCUGAGUGUUCAAGAGUUCUUUGCUGCUAUCUAUGUGUUUUACUGCCAUGUAAACAGGAACAUGGAGGAACUGGAGUAUUUUGUCGGGAAGAGAGAAUCUGUUCACUUGGUUGUAUUGCUGAAGGGAGCUGUGGAUAAAUCUUUGGAGAAAAAGGAUGGACGUCUAGAUCUGUUUGUCCGUUUCCUUCAUGGUAUCUCAGGGGAGUCCAACCAGAAACUGCUACAAGGCCUGCUGACACACGCAGAGAAGAACCAGGAGAGCAUCACAAAAAUAAGUAGUUACAUCAAACAGCUGAAUAAAGAUGGUGUCCCACCUGAGAGAUGGAUCAAUCUACUACACUGCUUGACUGAAAUGAAUGAUCACUCUCUCCAUGAAGACAUUCAAGCUUUCCUCAGGUCUAAACAUUACAGAGCUGAACUCUCACUUGCACACUGCACAGCACUGGCCCACAUGUUUCUGAUGUCAGAGGAGGUGCUGGAUGAGUUUGACCCAAAGAAAUACAACAUAUCAGAUGAGGGUCAUAGGAGACUGCUCCCAGCUGUGAGGUGCUGCAGAAAAGCUCUACUCAGAGACUAUAAAAUCACUCAGCAGUCCUGUGAAACCAUCGCAUCAUCUCUGAAGUCAGCAAACUGCCCCCUGAGAGAACUGGACCUGAGUAACACUGAUCUUCAGGAUUCAGGAGUGAAGAUGCUCUGUGAUGCACUAAAGAAUCCAAACUGUAAACUGGAAAUACUGAGACUUGCUCACUGUAAACUCACUGAACAGUCCUGUGAAGCUGUAGCCUCAGUUCUACAGUCAGUAAACUGUCCCCUGAGAGAACUGGACCUGAGUAACAAUGACCUUCAGGAUUCAGGAGUGAAGAUGCUCUGUGUGGGACUGAAGAAUUCACACUGUAAACUGGAGAUACUGAGACUAUCUGGCUGUUUAGUGACAGAGGAAGGCUGUUCUUCUCUGGCUUCAGCUCUGAGUUUAAACUCCUCACACCUAAGAGAGCUGGAUCUGAGCUACAAUCACCCAGGAGACUCAGGAGUGAAGCUGCUCUCAACACUGAUGGAUCAACACUGUUGGCUUAAGUCAGUGCAUUGUGUUUUUGUUGUGGAUCAUGGAGGAGAGUUCAGGAUCAAACCGGGAUUAAGAAAAUAUGCCUGUGGUCUCACGCUGGACCCAAACACAGCAAACAGACAUCUCUCUCUGUCUGAGGGGAACAGGAAGGCGACAUGGAGAGACAAACAGUCGUAUCCCGUUCAUCCAGAGAGAUUUGAGUACAGAAGUCAGGUGGUGUGUAGAGAGAGGCUGACUGGACGCUGUUACUGGGAGACUGAGUGGAGUGGAAAUGCUGAUAUAGCAGUGACGUGUGAAGGAAUCAGGAGGAAAGGAAUGAGUCGUGUCUGCGUGUUUGGACGCAAUGACAACUCCUGGAGUCUUAGAUGCUUUGGUGACAGUUACUUUGCCCGUCACAAUAAUCGGAAAACUGACAUACCUGCAUCCUCCUCACAUACACACAGAGUAGGAGUGUAUCUGGACUGGUCGUCUGGAACUGCGUCCUUCUACAGCGUCUCCUCUGACACACACACGCUCACACACUUACACACAUUCCACUCCACAUUCACUGAGCCCCUCUAUGCAGGGUUUAUGGUUUAUGGCUCAGUGUCUCUGUGUCACAUAUAA